AUGUCUUCUAGAAGAACCAGCCAAAGAUCCAAGACGGCAGUCCGGCAGUCCUCAACCUCGUCAGCCGCCCCAGCCGUGCGAUCCGAGCGUUCACGCCAGAACUCCAUCAUCGCCGACGUCCGAAACCUCUACGACCCGGCCUUCCUCGCUGAGGCGCUGAAGAAGGGCAUUGCCGACCCCUCCGAUCGCCCCGUCGAACCGCCCGCCGAGACCAAGCCCCGGGAAAAGGCCCAUGCCCCCAGCGAUGAAGUCGUGGCGGCCGUCCUCUCUGCCCGCCGCAAGCUUUCCGCAAUUGAGGAAGAGCCUGAGGAUCCUGUGCAAGUUGUUCAUGACAUGCAGGAGCAGGCUCGAUCUUCCAUUGCGUCUCGUCGGUCCAUUGCGUCUCGUCGGUCCACGGCAUCUCGUCGGUCCAGUGGACGCGCUGUUCAAGCGGAGAAGGAGCCCUCCUGGAAAGAGAUCAUCGACGAGAUUGACCGCAAGAAGUCAGCCCGGGCUCGACCUUCCACUGCAUCCCGCCGUUCCACAAGACAGCAAGGUGUCGAAGCGGAGAAGGAGCCCUCCUGGAAAGAGAUCAUCGAUGAGAUUGACCGCAAGCAAGCAGCCCGGUCCCAGAAGCGCCGCGCCCCGUCUGCGGCGGACGCGGGAGCAGUCACCAGCAGCAUCCUCGUCCCGCGUUCUGGCCCAUCGAAUGCUCCUGCUGCAGCAGUAGAGCCGAUUCCCGUUCCGGACGACGCGGACGAUGAGCUCCGCGAUCGCUACGAGCUCAGGUAUCGUCUGCGCCGCCAGCGCGUUUUCUCCUGGCCCAGAAAGCAGUGGGAGUCGGACGUCAAGGCACAGCUGGGAAAUGCCUCUGGUGUUCUAGCAGAUGGCCAAGAGAGAAACGGCAGCGGACCCAGCGGCAUCAACAACAAUGAGGAAAUCUCAGCCCGUAAAGAGGUCAGAUCUCGCUGGAUCCUCGCGGGCAUUUGGGAUGAGCGGUGGGAUAAAGUCGGCGAGGUCUUUGGUAACUGGAAGCACGAGUACGCGAAUGCUAAUGAGAAGGAUGUCGAUGCCACCCGUCCCCGAGAGCAGUUCCUCUACCAGGUCCAGAAGAAGCGCGAGCAUCUUAGCCAGAUCGACGUCCUCCCAACUGACAAGGACCUGGUUGGCCGACUACGAGCCCACUGGAUCGAUCUGGGUCUCUGGAAUGUCCAGUGGGGUGAAGACGGACUCCCUGGCGCGAAGUGGAAUCACGAAAUCCCCGAGGAGGAGUGGCUCAUGACCCAGAUGGGAGACGAGUACGUCUCGCGCUUGGAGCUUGAGACCGCCGUUGACUUCCGCGAGACCACGCCGGUCUUCCAGGACGAUGCCCAUAGCACGGCUGACGAGAAGCAAGCCCUCUUCCGCGAGGCUAUCAGAGACCAAAUCCGUGUGUUUGAAGCAAGAGAAUCAGAGAGGCAGUCGGUGUACUUCCCCUACCCCCACCUCUUCCCCCACGGAGUCGGAUUACGCCGCAAGUCGUCUGGGCAAACUCUGGAGUCGAUUCUGAGGUCGGUCAACGCCGCUGCAGAGCGCCGAGCUGCCAUUGAAGAGCACGCUCAGGAGGUGCGAGAGCGACACGAGCGGGAAACCGGGUCGGCGCCAGCAAGGUCAGCCUCCGAGGCCGCAGCCGACCGUUGCGUCGCUAUCAGCGACCACGCUCGGCAAACGAGAAGGCGACAUCGAACGGCCAGCGGCUCUGCGGCUGCUCGACAGAACGGCCUGAACGACCCCGCUGCGGCAAGAAGGACCACUGAAGAGUACAAGAAGAUUCGUGAGGAAUACCGAAAGCAAAUCGACGCCAAUAUCGCCCGGCUGACCUCCCAGAGCCGCAAGACUUCUCAGCAACUGGACCAGGACGAGGUGCUUAUGACCCCCGAGGAGCCUGCGCGCGAGGGCGAGCGUGUCGAUGACAUUCUUUCGCGUGUCCUCGAAGCCGAGGAUGACGCUGAGGGUGAGUCUGAGCCUGAAGAAGCAGAAGCCUUCGUCUUCACCCCCAUCCCCAGGAACAAGAAGGGGACGACGCAGCCCGAGCCUGAGCCUGAAGAGGGAGAAGCCUUCGUCUUCACCCCCUUCCCCAGGAACAAAAAGGGGAUGACACAGCCCGAGCUCGAGCCCGAGAUCCCCGCCUCCAGGAAAACACGCGCCUGCGCAGCCAAGAACAAGAAGAGAAAGCACCAGCCUGAGCCAGCCCCCGUCAAGCCCGCCGCGAAGAAGGCGAGGAAGGAGAAGGCGGCUAAGCCCAAGGCCCCCGUCGAGAAGAAGCAGAAGAAGGAGAAGGAGAUCAAGCCCACGACCGCCGUUGAGAUCCACCGCAAGCGCAAGCAGGAGUUCGAGCGCGAGGAGCAGGCUGUGCAGGAUGGUUUGCGCCGGAGCCCGCGGUUGCGUCAUAAGCGUGCGCGUCUUGUUGAGGCUGUUGUUGCGGUUGAGUUUGUUUCGCUCCCGCUUUAG